AUGUGGGAUGUCAUGUUGUUUAGAAUGAAUAACUGUUACAAAGGGGAGAGAUGGUUAUGUGCUGAAAGAGUCCUAUUGAAAAAUGAUUUUCAUUGUGCUUUCUGCUUGGUAUAUGGUGCUCAUACUAGAGUGGGAAAACUUGCUGUGUGGGAGGAACUGAGCUUUAUAGCUGGUUUAUGUCAAGUCCCGAUAUGCUACAUGAGUGACUUUAAUGAGGUUAUACAGGUUGAAGAGAGGAAAAGUCAAGACAGGUUAACAGCGUCUGCAGAAGAUUUUAAGAGUUGGAUACAAGAUAUCCAGUUAGUGGAUUUAUCGUUGAAUGAUCGUAAAUUUACAUGGUUUAGAGGCUGCUCUUGUAGUCGCAUUGAUAGAGUUCUAGUGAGUGUAGAAUGGACGGAGGAGUUUUCGGAAAUUUGGUUAAAAGGGGAACCGAGAGGCCUGUCAGAUCACUAUCCAAUUAUAGUAGAGGAUAUCAUUUUCAGAGGUAGCCCACGUCCAUUUCGAAGCUUAGAUUCCUGGUUUACACAUGAAGGUUUCCUAAGUAUGGUCAGGAAAGAAUGGAAGAAUCUUGGUGAGAUACAGUUCACAGGUAAGUUGAAGGCUUUAACGGUGCCUUUGGGAAGAAGGCAUAAGGUCAAAUUUAGUGACAUGGAUAAGAAAAUUCAGCGCUUUGAGGAGGAGAUCAGGAAGAUAGACGAGUUGGCAAGAAAUAAAGUUUAUGAUGGUACAGUGGAGGCUAGAAAGAAGGCUCUAGUAAGCUGUUGCAAGCAGUAG